AUGGAGUCAGACUCGGAUGAUGACAUUAUCAGUAUACAGGGAGAUGGUUUUCCAUUAACAAGCAAUCCAGUCGGGAAUAUCUCAAGUGGCCAAAAAAUGGUUGAAGAUGAGACAGAAAAAGUUAAAGGAUUUGCAAAGGACUCCACUGUACCUUUUAGAGAAAGACUAAAGAUCAUGAGGAUAUCGGUUGGAGUUUUGCUGAGAAGAAGCUUGUGCAUGCAUAUAAUGACAAACCAGUUCUUUCACACCCCUAGCACAAUUUUUACAAGGUAA